AUGAAUUAUUUCUCCCUCUCCCUCGUCUUUGUCCUUUUCCUUAUAGUUAUCACUUCAAAGUUCAUAUUCCACACAAGAAGAAGAACUUUCAAAAACCUUCCACCGGGCCCACAAUGUCUUCCUAUAAUUGGAAACCUUCAUCAACUCAAACAACCACUCCACCGCACUUUCCACACCUUAUCCCAAAAACACGGCAAUAUAUUUUCCCUUUGGUUCGGUUCUCGUCUUGUCGUUGUCGUUUCUUCGUUAACGGCAGCGCGAGAAUGUUUUACCAAAAACGAUGUCGUUUUAGCAAACCGACCUCAUUUUUUAACUGGCAAAUAUAUUGCCUACAACAACACUACCAUAGUACAAUCUUCGUACGGUGAUCAUUGGCGUAAUCUUCGACGUAUAUUAUCACUCGAAAUUCUUUCAUCUCAACGUUUAAAUUCCUUUUUGGAAAUACGAAGGGAUGAAAUUAUGAGACUAAUACAAAAGCUAGCACAAAACUCGUAUGAUGAGUUUUGUAUAGUUGAACUUAAAACAAUGUUUUCGGAAAUGGCUUUUAAUAUUUUAAUGAGAAUGGUGUCGGGGAAGAGGUACUAUGGUAAUGAUUGUGAUGUGAGUGAUGUUGAGGAAGCGAGGUUGUUUAGAGAGAUAUUUAAAGAGAUUGUGGUUUUAGGAGGUGCAAAUAACGUUGGUGAUUUUUUGGGCUUUUUAAGGUGGUUUGAUUUUGAUGGUUUGGAGAAGAAGCUUAAGAGGAUUAGUAAGAAAACGGAUACAUUUUUACAAGGGCUUGUUGAUGAGCAUCGUUCUAGAAAGAGGAAUGCUAAUACUAUGAUAGACCAUCUCUUAAUGCAACAACAAUCACAACCUGAAUAUUAUACCGAUCAAAUCAUCAAAGGACUCAUUAUGGUUAUGUUACUUGCAGGAACAGACACAUCAUCUAUAACUUUAGAAUGGGCUAUGUCUAAUUUAUUAAAUAAUCCAAACAUAUUGAAGAAAGCAAAAAAUGAAUUAGACACUCACAUUGGACAAAAUCGCUUAGUAGAUGAGCCAGACAUUUCAAAACUUCCUUAUAUUCAAAACAUUAUCUAUGAGACACUUCGAUUACAUCCUCCAGCUCCAUUAUUAGUGCCUCAUAUGUCUUCCGAGGAUAUUACCUUAGGAAAAUAUAACUUCCCAAAAAACACAAUUUUAUUGGUCAAUGUUUGGGACAUUCAUAGAGAUCCAAAAUUGUGGAGUGAUCCUACAUGUUUUAAGCCCGAAAGAUUUGAGAAAGAAGAUGAGGUAGAUAAACUACUUUCAUUUGGGCUUGGAAGAAGGGCUUGUCCUGGGGCAAACUUGGCCCAACGCACUGUGACCUUGACUUUAGCCUUAUUGAUUCAAUGUUUUGAGUGGAAACUAAUUGGUGAAGAAAAAAUUGAUAUGACUGAAGAAAGAGGAAUCACUAUGCCUAAAAAGACUUCAUUGAAAGCCAUGUGUAAAGUGAUUAAUCCAAUGUGGAUUAAGAAUGUUUUUUAGUUUGUUGUUUGACAUCUAGUGAAAAACAUGAUGUAAAUCAUCUUGAAUGGUGAUAUUAUGAGUUGUUGAAAAUGAAUGCAUUUGGAGCAUGUAAUCCUUUUGAAUAAACUUAUGUGUAUAAAAUAAAGUGCUGCCAAAUAACAACACUCACUAUUUUAUUUUAAUGAAUGAUAAACCGUCUUAAGGAUGAAA